GAAAUAAUAAUAACCGUUGAUCAACUUUUCAUAACAAUUAUGUUAGUAAUUUUUUUUUUAAAUGCAACUAACGGUUAUGUAGCUUAUUAACUUUUCGAUUUUCAGUUCCGUUUAACGUUUAAAUAUUAUUUUAUAUCAGCUAGAAAUUUUCAUCACGCAAAUAGUUGUGGAGUUCCUUUUCAUUUAUGAUACAAUUAUCAAAUUAACGAAUAAAAUAUCAACUCCCUACACAUAAUCUAUGGAUUCGCCGUAUGAUUACAGUGUAUCUUCGUACGUGCUAACUAGUAGUGAGUUAGCUGAUACUGAAGAAACCGAGGAUGAUGAAUUUCCAGAUGAAGAUUUUCGCGAAGCUUAUGGCGAUGUUGAAUUUGACGAAGUAUCUGAUGCAGAUGCUGUUACCGAUAAUGACUUCGACAAUGAACUUAUGAACUCCUCAGCAUCUGUGGAUGAAAAUUUUGAGUCUUCCUACAGCACAUCAGAAAACGAUUCGUCCGAUUACUCGACAGUUAUUUUAACGGACUCCGAUACGACAGUAAAUGAAGAAUCAAACGAACCAGUAUCAAAAAGAAUAAAAUUAGAUCAAGGUGACUCUGAAACACUUGAAGAAAGUGAAGUGGAUGCUCAUCAAAAAUGUCCAAUAUGCUUAGCAGCUUGGACUAAUGUAGGAGAUCAUCGUUUAUGUUCUCUUCGCUGUGGACAUUUAUUUGGGUUAAAAUGUAUAAAGCAAUGGUUACAGUCAAGAAAUAAUGUAACAGCUAAGAAAUGUCCCCAAUGUAACUCCAAAGCUUCAUUCAAACAUAUUCGUUAUAUUUAUGCCAAUAAAAUUACAUGUCUUGAUAAUACUGAGAUAGAAAAAAUGAAGAAAAAAGUGGAAGAGGCUAAUUUAAGAGUAUCUAUGUUAUCAAAAGCUUUAAGUAAACAAAAGAAAAAAACGAAAAAGUACAAAAAAAUGUACAAAAGCAAGGCUCUUGCUAUUCUUGAUUCAGAUUUUUGUUCUUCAGACUGAAAAAAAAAC